AUGCCCGCAUUUAAUUCCGCUCCCCAUGGCCCCGCCUUCACGUCCGUCAAUGGCCGCUUGUCUCUGAGUCCACCCGACGAGCAAAAGCCAUCCGUUGUCGCUAAAUCUUCUACUUGGAGCCCUACCUCUCCAGACCCUGAGCACAACCGUCACUCUCCAGACAGCGAUUCGAGCUCGUCCACUGUUAGCAGUGGAGAUAAGUCUCCCAAUAGUUCUGACAAGACAAGGUCGUCUCCCGAGAACCCAAACAAGAGGAGGCGUUCUGGAUCCGACGAAGGCGCCUACGGUCAGCACAGCCCUGAUCAGACGACUGCCGGCCCCAGACAGCUUCCGCCUCCCUACCAGCCUCUAAACCGCAGCACGACCAUGAGCAUGGAGACCACCCAAUUACCAAGUUUGCCUCCAUUAGGUCGUCCAGAUGCUGAACGCCGCUGGCAGACCGAGCCCCGUGAACUGCCUCAUGCGACUCAUCAUUUCCAACCCCGUGAGCCACGUCCUACAGAGCCUUCCCGCAACAAUGCUUUGUCACCCGAGUCGCGUGACAUGAUUGAAGAGACUGAAUUCACGCGUGCUGGCGUACAAGUCGAGCUCAAGAAGAGGAAACGGCAAUUUGCCAACCGCACUAAGACUGGUUGUGGAACCUGCAGAAGGAGAAAGAAGAAGUGCGAUGAGGCCAAACCAGAGUGCAAUAAUUGCACACGAGGCGGUUUCGUUUGUGAGGGCUAUGCCAACAAAGUACCUUGGCCAAAGAAUGGGCCUGCUAAACCGCCUGCCAUACUAGCCAAGGAGAAGUAUGCUGCCUAUACGUCGUGCCCAACAUGUCAAGAAAAGCACACGCCCCACUGUGGGCCACAAAGCAGUGAAAUCCCUUACCCAACACCCGAAAUGCAUCCAGGCAACAGUACCGAGCGCAAGCCUUGGAAGCCAUCCUGGAGUGAUCCUGCACCUCCACCAGUCCGAGCGGCUUACCAACCGGAGGCCCCGCCGCCCCCGGCACAGUAUAUGCAACCUGCGGCAAACCACUAUGAGAGACCCUCAACCCACGAUCAUCAACCGGUAUCUCAACAGCAACAGCAGCCUCACCAUACCUCUCGUGGCUAUCACCAUGCUCCACCAAGCACGAAUCACCUCGCUAUCAACACUGCUGUCCCUGCCACCACUAUGGUCGCCAAGCCUGUCCAACAGCUACAUGUGGCACAGCAGCAUCCUCGUCCGCCGCCUCCUCCACCGCCAACAUCCUUGCCACCGACGCGAUCACCGACGCGCUUUACAGAGUCCUCCUCAAUGACGUAUAGAUCUGAGAAAGACAAGAUGCUAGCGGGGGAGCCAUUUAACCCCUUUGACAAGACCCUAAUGCACGAACGCCAUCUUAGCACGCAAGCCCAGUCCAUCUUCAACAGCAGCAAGGCAAAUCCCUCCAACGUUUUGUCGAGCACAACCGUCGACCACUUUUUCAAACAGAUUCUGAAUGCAAGUCGUCAUCGCGAAGGAAAGCAAAUUGAGAUUCACAUGGGUCCCAAUUGCCAUGUCGCUACGCCUUUUGCUUGUGACUACGGCUACCACCUUAGUAUGGGCGAGAAUGUUGUCAUUGGUGCUGAUUGCCAUCUCCACGACUCUGCAAGGAUCUCUAUCGGAAGGAACUGUAAGAUUGGAGUUCGGGUCACAAUACAGACUUUGAAAACACCCACCGAUAACAAGUCAUUGAAAGGGAGCAACGGUACCGAGAUCGCGCAAGAAGUACACAUUGGGGAAAACGUGUACAUUGGCGAUAAUUGUGUGAUCGAGGCAGGAGUUCACAUUGGGCCCAAUACCAUAGUGCGUCCGGGUUCUGUGGUGUCUCGCUCUUUGCCCCCCAACUGCGUCGCUCAUGGAAAUCCUGCGAUCAUCCUACCUAACUGA